AUGCAGGCUGAAAGUGCUCCCAGGCCAGAACGACCAGAGCGCGGUGAGCGCGGACCUCGUCAGAUGGAGGAGGAAGAGUGGCAUCCGUCCACGAAACUCGGCCGCUUGGUGAAGGCAGGAAAGAUAGAGUCCCUUUAUGACAUUUUCAAGUAUUCUCUCCCCAUCAAGGAGACAGAGAUCAUUGACUACUUCUUUCCGAAGAGCGAGCUUGCGGAGGAGGUGUGCAAUAUCAUGUCUGUCCAGAAGCAGACCACAGCCGGGCAGCGUACGAGGUUCCGUGCUCAUGUGAUAGUCGGGAACCGUGACGGAUUCAUCGGCUAUGGAGCAGGUGUCUCCAAGGAGGUGGCGAAUGCCAUCAAGAAGGCGGCAAAGAACGCCAGGCUCAACAUCGUUCCCGUCAGGCGCGGCUUCUGGGGCGGAAAGCUUGGAGAUCCUCAUACGGUGUCGUCGAAGCUCUCAGGUAAGUGCGGCUCCGUCCGGGUCCGUCUUAUUCCCGCGCCCCGCGGCGCAGGCAUUGUGGCGUCCCCCACGGUUGCAAAAGUCCUUGAGUUCGCGGGCGUAUCCGAUGUCUUCACGAGGCAGAGUGGCCACUCAAGAACGCUGAUGAACUCGGUGGGGGCCGUUUACAACGCCCUGAAAAGCUCCUACUCCAUUCUUACGCCUGACCUGUGGAAAAAAGAACAGCUCGACCAUGUCCAGGACAUCCGUACCAUGUCCCUCGCUGACUAG